AUGGCGACAGCAAAUACGCAUCAGACCAUUGACCAGAUCUCAUUCCCCACCAUUCUGCCUUUCAAUCAGCAAGUCGAAGUACGGCAUCUGGAAGAAGAUUGGACUGGCGUCACUGAUCCCGCACUGCGUAGGAAAUUGCAAAACCGCUUGCACCAGAGAGCAUGGAGACGACGCCAAGCUCGGCAGGCCAAGGCUCCAGGCCUGAUCAGCGUCCGGAAGCAUGGUGUGGCAUACCAACGGCCAAAAUAUCGGGACGGAAGACCCAACAAAUCCAGCUCCUCCAACCCAGUUCCCGCGGAGGCAUUAUCAAUUUGUACUAUCGGUGCUUCUGCGGUAAGAGAAGUGUUAACCCGCUUCGAGGAAGCCAUACAUCAACAUUCCCUCCUUGGUUCACCACGAACCGAUCUUCUCCUCACACUGGUCAAAUUCAACGUGUUUCGGGCCCUCUUGGACAAUACACGCGCUCUCGGAUUCACUUUGGAAUGGCUUGAAGGAGACGCCGUCUCUCCCUUCUCCCAAGUCGGAUUUGACCGUCUUAUUGAUGAGUCGCCAGCAAUGUCGACUUGCCCUAGAUAUCUCAAGCCGACAACACUUCAGAACCUCAUCGAACACCAUCCAUGGAUCGAUCUCUUUCCAAUACCAAGAAUGAGGGAUAACAUUUUGCGAGCCGAUCCAUCCUUUGAUGAGGAUGCGUUGUGCCACGACAUGGUAGAAAUUUGCGGAAGCCCCGGCGAACGGUCAGGUCUGAUCGUCUGGGGAGACCCAUGGGAUCCACGCAACUGGGAAGUAGGUGAAGAUUUCCUUAAAAAUUGGGGUUGGGUCAUCCAGGACUGCUGGGAGCUCUUUGCCGCAACAAACUACUGGCGAGCCCAGAGAGGGGAGGAAAAACUGUUUCCAGAUAACGAUGAGUGCACCGCCGGUUGA